CCAACAUGGCUUGACUCUAGUUGCGACUGACGUCUGUUGUCAAUGUCAACACUUAAAUGUUUUCAUCAUUUAUUUUCCCAAGGUGCCAGGGUGCUAGAAAUGUGCUGUCAUAAUGGGAGGCGGGGCGUCCAACUCGAACAGAUCGUCCCAGAAGAGGCGUAGUACUAAAUCCUCUCCGCCUAGCCUACCCAGCCAUGUCCUAGACAAGCUCAGGGUGUGCCUGACGUCUCUGCCCUACCCACAGGGGGUGGUUGACAAGCAGGCAGUUAGCAGAGCAGCCGAGAAAGCGGAACGGGUGGACGUGUCUGAGCCGCAGGUUAUACUCACCAAAGGGGAGAAUGCUAAAGGUAUUUACAUCAUCAUCGCUGGUGAGGCUCAAGUUGUGUCUGCGUCCGGUACCGUCAUAGCAGAGCUUUCUUCUGGGGAUCUGUUUGGGGAAUUGUCAACGCUGUUUCACAUACCCUGCACGGCGACUGUCAAGACACCCACAAAAGUUUUAUUGCUGUUGCUGAAACCAGAAGUCCUAACGGCUGCACUGAAUGGUCAGUCGGUAACCAGCAACCUAUUGGACUACUUUGUGAAGAAGCGGUACCUGGAUACCAGCGGGGCCGUCAACCAAUCAGAACUCAUGUACAGAAUCACCAAAACUGUGCUCAAAGAGGUACCACUGUUUUCACAGUGGGGUAACGCUGCUAUAGAGUCGCUGGUCAAGGCAGUGCAGUCCGAGGGCCCUGCGGUCACAUUGGCCCCAGCAAAGUCACUCAUUGCUAUGGAAGGCGACCCAGCAGAUGAGAUUGUCAUCAUCGUAAGGGGCAGGGUUGAAGUUUUGAAAGAGAAGGAGGUAUUAUCAACGCUGGACAGUGCAAGAUGGCCAGUCUGGCAUGGGGAAGAAGGUCUUUUCGCUGGAAGUCGUAGCUUGGUUUCUGUAAGGACAGUGUCUACUUGCCAGAUGAUUAUCAUAAAAAAUGCCAUGGUUCACGAAGUAGUGAAAAAGCACCAGCUUGAAGCAGCUGGCGAUUUUAACAAGAGGCAAGACAAAUGGAGGCUGAGAACUACUGCUGCCAAUACUGCAACAACAGAAGAUGCCUGUUAUCGACUGGAAGUUUUGAUACAUAGACUCUCCGAGACCAAUGUUCUGUCAAAAGCUCCUCUUAAUGCACUGUACAAGAUUGCUCUCAACUCCAAGACAUUGGCACACAAAACUGGCGACUGCAUAAUUGGUGAAAGCAGUACAGCAGACCAGAAACAGAGUAAGAUGAUCAAAUCUGCGGGCGGCACGGACGCCUCUAAACCUGAAACACCUACCAAGAUUGAUGCUACCCUACCUCCUGGUACUGAAAUCAAAGCAGAAGCUUCUUCACAAGUUUUCUGGGCUGACGACAAAUUUCUCUUGGUACUCAAAGGCGCUGUGAUGUUAAACAGCAAUGAAGAAUGGGUGUGCACAGUCGGAGAGGUUCUAUGGGUUCCAAAGGCAGCCCAUCCACGCUCCAGACUUGAAGCCAAAACUGACUCCGUGAUUCUACAUUUCACGAGCUCGGCUUUAGAUGAGGCUUGUAGCAAUCAUCCUGAUGUCGUGUUGACUGUUCCGUCCACUGUGAGGUAGAAAUCCAAAUGCCAAAAAAACGGAAUUUUCCUGCUUUCUUGUUCCAGCCCAAAAAAAACCUGCUUUGCAGUUGAAACCAAAGGACCUUCAAAACUCAGUCCAAAAGAAACCCAUGGCCUAUGAAACCGGAACAGUGGGCUACCCAAUUUUGCCAUUCAGCAAUAAUAAUAUGUGGUGCUUAUAUAGCGCUUUAUCAAUGAAACAUUCCAAAUACCAUCUCAGCUCCCUGGGGAGUAUACAGCUCGAGGCUGAGAACUACUGUCGUAAAUACUACAACAACAGAAGAUGCCUGCUAUCGAUUGGAAGUACGUUGUCUCAACUUCAGAUAUUUCUAACCAAGUCUCUGAGUGAUGAUAGUAAUAAUAAGGUGUAUGUAUAGCGUGCGUAUCCACCAUUAUUGGUGCUCAAGGCGCUACAUCAUUAUUACCCUGCUCAUUGGGCCAAUGAAACACUCCAAAUACCAUCUCAGCUCCCUGGGGAGUAUA